UUCGUCUUGUGUAUGUCGCUUGAAGCGCAGAGAAAUGUAAUUUUAACAAUUUAUGAUUUAUUUUAUUUUUGAGAAUACAAAGAAAAUUGCAGUUGAAAUUGUUAUUUUGAAAUGCUGAAACAACAUAUAUUAGUUGAACUUAAACAGUUUAUACAGUAUGUGAGCUCCUAUCGAGGUGGAAAUCCUAAAACUUUGACGUCAAAUGCGCUGGUGCGUACAUCGCUGCACUUGUUGGAAGACCUUCCGGCAGCUCGGGAAAUAGUUUUUGAAUACUUUGCUCUUGUAGCUGAAGUCGGUGUGCAGAGUUAUGUGAAUACAGCAAAUGUAGAUCCCCAGACAGGUGUUGGGAUACAACCGCCAAAGUUGGGUGCAAGUCAACAGCAGCAGCAACAGUUGGCAGUUUCAAUGGAAGAUCCUUGUUUCGAAAUUAUUCAGCUAGCUUUGGAGAACAUGGUCAGCAAGGGACCAGGUGCAUGGGGCGCGGUCAUAGCCUCAUGGUGUUUGGAUCUAGUUGGUAGUCUGUCGGACAAAUAUAGCAAACGAAUGUCUAUUGGUGCUGCCUGUAACUAUUGGCUUAAUUGCAGUACAAUGCGAGGCCUACUGACUUUAAUCAGUAUAUGUUUUCGCAAACUUACAAAUGCAGAAGCUGAAACGUGCGUUGAAACACUUUUAGGUGCAUAUCAACGUUAUUCGAUGACUUUUGAUUGGGUCGUGGCACGUUUAGGUGGUUGUUUCCCUUCGAAAAUUAUAUCGCAAAUCCUGCAAUGCAGCUUAAAACGAUUUGCCGACGAUUAUCGGUGUCAUUUCGAUUCAGAAAUUGGUAUUUUGGAAUAUCUUUGUUUUGCCCACGAACAAGUACUUCGAAAUUCGGUUCGAGACCUUUUGCAGGAGUGUCUUCAACCCAAAAAGAAUUUAGAUGCUUUAAUUGUGCCAUUUCUGCUGGAGUUUGGUAAUUAUUCUGAUAUUUUAUUGCAAAAUAUGGUCAGUGUUUUUCUGGAUUUAUACAAUGACGAAAUGCGAGCAGUUAUCAUACAAAAAGCUCCACUUUGGAUGACAAACAGACUAUUUGCAGACAUGCAGCCUUCGUUGAAUAAUAUUGUUUUGCGAUUAAAAUCCCAUGGCGCUCAACUACUAAUUACGGCAUCGAAAAUGGCCGACCAAAAUGUCUGGUGUCAGGAUUUUCUAGAAUACUCCUUGCAGGAGUUGGAACAAAUUGUGUUGAAUGCGAGACUUUGUCCACUUAUGGACGACUUGGCUACCGAGGAAACGAAAUAUAUGCUAUGGAAGAGUUGCAUCAGUACGAAUAUUUAUGAGCAACAGACAGCUGUCCGAUUAAUAUUAAUAGUUUCCACUCAACACUCUCAUAUCUACUAUCAAACUAUUUCGGAAUUAUUGCGUAAAUCUUAUUCUCAUAAUCCAUCUGGUCUUGGCGCUGUUAUAAGAUUGAUGGGAGGACAAUCUGGUGUUGUUGAGUUUCCUGACAUUAAGCCGGGGAUAAAAAUGGUAUUGGAAGAUGUCUUACUACAGGAACAGUUCAAAAAGUCCCGUUUAUCUGCUGCCACAGACUAUUCGGAAGCAUUUAACACAUUUAAGAAUCUUAACACAUUAACCACUAUGCAAAAGAAAAGCAAUGUGAUGUGUAUGAGACAACAUCAACUGAUGUGGGCUUUAAACGAAUGCUUGGCAAAAAUUUUACAAAUACUAGAGGUUACUCUUACCAAACUAAUUUUACGUAUGGAUGCAAUGGCAUCCGAACGGAUCGACGAGAAGUUUAGAGAAAUGCAAAAUCAAACUAAUAAUAACACCAUUCUUGCGUAUGGUUCAUGUAAAAAGCAAAAGUUCGAGUUAAAUACCGAACAAAAUGGGGAAGAAUCACAAGAUGUUACUGGCUAUGAAACGGACCGUCUAGUUUUAGCUCACGCUAUAAUUAAUCUGCUGAACACUAUUGAGGCGGGAUCUAAAACAACGGUUUUACGGACAACUGAGGUUUUGAAGUUGGCGGUUUUGAGUGUUAAAUAUUUCUUUAUCAGUUUAACAGAAAAAACACCUGCACAACGUGCAGAAGCUGUCAAUCGUUCAUACGAGUUGUUUCAAAGACAAUGUCGUGCCCGAAAGGCCUCCCGUUCUGCUUGCUUGAGGGAGUUAAUUGAGGGAUCAUUAUUUUAUUAUGGAUAUUUAUUUGGUCAGUACGAAGAACCUUUACUUGAUGAGUUGCAAAUACCGGAACAUGAGAUGGUCUUGUUGCAAAAUCAAAAACAAAGUUUGGGCCCAAAUGCGAACCGUUCAAUUCUACAUGCUGGUGUUAUAGGCCGAGGUCUUAGACCAGAAAAUAUGCUAAUUGGUGAAGGCUGUCCUCCUGAAAUGCAAACUCUAUUUCUAAAGGCUUUGAAUGUCUGCUGUAGUGAUUAUGAUCAUCAAAUAGUUGUAGAAGCGUAUUCAACUAUAUCGCUUUUGCUAGUGGAAAUGGUUUCCACAGAUGUCAUGUAUAACGGUUUACCAUUUCCCGACGAAGAAUUCACAAAAGUCACAAUGGAAAGAGAUUUACUAAUACGACGUGCUCUCUUAACGUCACCUAUAUUGUGGGCAUUGUUAGGAUUCAUUGCAACUCAUAGACCGGCCCUGUGUUUUUCAUCUGUUUUAUUAAGAGCUCUCUGUGCCACAUCCUUACAUCAGUGGAGAGCAAAAAAUGUGAACAAAUUCGAAACGAUCAAUCAGUCGGGUGAACUUUUGCAAUGUACUAAAAACCUUUUGAAAAUAUUGGCAAUGGGACAAUUGUUACCGCCACCCCUAUCGAAUUUACACGUUAUUAUAGAACAUUUUGAACCACCAGAGAUUGCCUUGCUAUUGAAAGAGUGUGUUUGGAACUAUUUGAAAGAUCAUGUACCGUCUCCGGUUCUAUUUCAUGUUGACAACAACGGCUUACAGUGGCGCAAUGGGCAAUUGUGCAAAAUACCACCGCAAUAUGUGGACACUUUACGCAAUCUUAUGCAAAAGAAAUUAACAAAGCUUGGGCAACAUUACUAUCAAAUGUUUAUCAUGCCAGAAGUCAAUUUACAACAAUAUCCAGCCACUUCAUCAGCAUUAUCAAUCAGCGCAACAACACCUGUCGAAUCUUUACAAAACAUUGAAAAUUCAUCUUGACAAUAUCCUUCCGCUAUGUUGCACAAUAAUACCGCAUAAUUAGGACGACACACACAAUAUUCCAAUAUCUGUAAAAAACAAAGGUUCUUCAAAAAACAAUACAUUUCAUUACUAUCAAUCAA